AUGGAAGAUCCGAAUUAUCAAAUUGGAUUUGUUUUGCUACCUGAUAUAUACGGAGUUCGUGAGCAUGCUAUGAGUGGUGCUAUGAAUGGUUUGACUGCAUAUGGCGGUAUAAUUCCAUUUGGCGGGACAUUUUUGAAUUUCAUUAGUUAUGGUUUGGGUUCUGUAAGAUUAUCUGCUCUUUCCUCCUUCCGUGUACUUUAUAUCGUGACUCAUGAUUCUAUUGGUUUAGGUGACCUUCGUGCAUUACCAAAUAUAUUAAUAAUACGCCCUGCAGAUGGUAAUGAAGUUUCAGGUGCUUAUUUAGCUGCAAUACAAAGAUCAAAUUGUCCAUCAGUACUAGUUCUUUCUCGUCACAGUAUUCCUCAAUUGGAAGAUACUUCAGUUGAAAAAGUUCUUAAAGGCGGAUAUGUCUUGAAAGAAUGUGACAAUGCGCAAAUCACUUUAGUUGCAACGGGAUCAGAAGUAUCACUUAUCGUUGACACAGCCAAAUUACUAGAAAAAGAUCAAAUCAAUACUCGUAUUGUAUCUUUACCAUCGUUUGAAUUAUUUGAAGAACAAACUAAGGAAUACCAAUGGUCAGUUCUACCUGAUGGUAUUCCUAUAUUAAGUGUUGGGGCACUUUCUACAUUUGGUUGGACCAAAUAUGCUCAUGUAAAUUUUGGUAUGAAAUCAUUUGGCUCUUCUGGGCCUUAUAAAGAAGUUUUCAAAAAAUACGGCUUUGUGCCAGAAAAAAUUGCAACUAUGGCAAAACAAACUAUAGAUUUCUAUAAAAAUAACCAUAUUCCCUCUGUAAUUGAUAAACCUUUGAUUUAG